CCGCCGCUGCAUAUUUUCUCGCACACGAUCUCGAAGGUUGAGGAAGACAAGUCUUGUCGAGGCCUUCAUCAAGAUGCAGAUCUUCGUCAAGACCCUUACGGGUAAGACCAUCACCCUUGAGGUGGAGUCCUCGGACACCAUUGACAAUGUCAAGUCCAAGAUCCAGGACAAGGAGGGAAUCCCCCCUGACCAGCAGCGUCUGAUCUUCGCUGGUAAGCAGCUGGAGGACGGCCGCACUCUUUCGGACUACAACAUCCAGAAGGAGUCGACCCUCCACCUGGUGCUGCGCCUGCGUGGUGGUGGUAAGAAGAGAAAGAAGAAGGUGUACACCACCCCCAAGAAGAUCAAGCACAAGCGCAAGAAGACCAAGCUCGCCGUCCUGAAGUACUACAAGGUCGACGGUGACGGCAAGAUCGAGCGUCUCCGCCGCGAGUGCCCCUCUCCCGAGUGCGGUGCUGGUAUCUUCAUGGCCGCUAUGCACAACCGCCAGUACUGCGGCAAGUGCCACCUCACCUACGUCUUUGACGAGUCCAAAUAAGCGGACUAAGCGCGAGUCACCCCGCCUCUCUUUAUUUCCGGUCAUUUUCGGUGGAAGUUAGGUGGAGUCAGGUUGAGGAGUAUUUAUGGUUGACAAGAUCAAAUCAUAGUAGCCUGCAAUAUGACAAAUGAAUAAACAUGAGAACA